AUAAACUGAGUAUUAUGAAACCUAGGUUGGAACGGUCGAGCAACGUGGAGCCUGCUGUGCCAGUUGCUUCACAAUAAAGGACGCAAAAGGUUCAGUAAUUUUGCAAGUUGAUGGUCCUUGCUGCUGUUUGAUGUGUGGUUGUCAGGAUAAGGAAUUUCCGGUUGACACGCCGACCGGUGAAAAUAUAGGAAGCAUAACGAAAAAAUGGGGUGGUUGCCUACGUGAAGCAUACACGGAUGCAGACAUAUUCAGCGUAACUUUUCCAAUAGAUCUCGAUGUAACGGCCAAAGCAGUGCUACUUGGAGCAACAUUCCUUAUCGAUUUCAUGGAGUUCGAACAGGCAGCCAACAAAAAUCGCAAUAAUUCACUAUAA